UUUUUAUUCCAAAAACUUGUCCUUUCAUAACGAACUUCUAAUUUUAAUCAAGAUGUCAUCAAAAUGCAAAGAGAUUCUUGAUUUGGAUAUUUAUGAAAUUCUUGGAAUUGGAAUUGAAGCCACUGAUGCUGAAGUCAAAAAAUCCUUCAGGAAAAAGGCUUUGAGCUGCCAUCCUGACAAGAACCCUGACAACCCUGCUGCUGCUGCUGAAUUUGACAGGCUUAAGAAAAUCCUAGAGGUGCUCUUGGACCCUAGCACCAGAGCUGCGUAUGACAAGGUUCUCAGAGGCCGGAAAUUAGCUGCUGUUAGAGCAAGACAAACCAGCGCUCAAAAUCAGAAACUGAAACAUGACCUAGAACGCAGGGAGCGGGAAGCAGCUCUUGUCAAGGAUAAUCUUUCAGAUAAAGAACGAUUCAAGCGCGAGUUGCAGCGAUUGGAAAAGGAAGGAGAACAAAUCAUUGCAGAGGAAAUAAUACGGCUGGAGAGAGAGGCUAAGGAGGAGCGGCUGAGAGCAAGAAGUCGUCUUCAAGGAGAGCCAGAUGGCAGAAGUAAGGCUGCUGCAGAGAGCAGCUACAGAGUGAAGGUGCGCUGGGUGACGCCGGAGUCCGCUACGCCUUACACCAAAGACAUGAUAUUCAACCACUUCUAUAAGUGGGGAGACAUCAACGCGGUCGUGGUGAAGCAGAAGGGCAGCAAGGGCUCAGCUCUGAUCGACUACAUGGACAAGAGUGGCGCUGAGAUGGCGCUGCAGUACGAGAAGGGAUUGCCUGAUUGCCCUAUGAUUGUCAGCGAGCUGAAGCACUCAGCGUCAGAACCCGCCCCUAGUCAAUCUGCUGAAGGGAAAGCCGCUAGUGACACGGCGAAGCGCGACUACGAAGCUCUUGCCGACAUGGAGAAGAGGAGGAAGAACGAGCGAGCGCGACUCAUUGCUGAGAUGCUGCGCGCCGACGGUGUGCUGGAGCCCGACGAGGCCUGAAAUCCUUGUCCUGCCUAUAAUAUUGUCCUCACGUGGUCCUAGAACCUGGAGGAGGAGUGUCUUUGGGGCCAUACGAAGCUCUGGGGCUUAAAAAAGCCUUGCUUAACGAAACCCGUGGUCUAGACAAAGCAUAUGCUUGAUGGGGCCCAUAACUUGAAGUGUUUCAAAUUGCCAAAGCCCUUGAGCCAGACCAAGUGCUUGCACCUGACGAAAUCUAAGUUCAGCCAGUAUGGAAGGUUCACAUUCAGAUCUUAAAGCGAAUGCUACCGACCUCGUUAGUAGGCAGCCCGCUCUACUUUGAUUCUAUUCGUGUCCAAGUAUUUUGCGUAUAAAUUUUAUCUUCUUUUCAAAUUAUGUGAGAGUGAAGAAAUAACAAAAUGUAGCAAAAUUCGAAAAAGAACGUAAGAGUAUCAUGUUUGUGUGCACCUGCAUUAGGGCCGAAACUGUUGUUGCUGUUGUGUUUUGCUAGCACAUAAGGAUCCUUCGUUUUGGCUGUCUCAUCUCAUUGUACUUUUCGAGGUCACGUGAUUAUGCAAACUAUUCGCCAUUAAGUAUCUUGCGAGCAAUUAUUAAAGUAAAGCAAUUGUUACCGUAA